AUGUCUUUUACUUAUCUGCCAUUUCAUAAUCUUGCUUACUGUCCAAAGUAAGUCAUAGAAUUUGUACAAAAUCCAAAUCUCAAUCUCCAAGAUUUGAAUCAUAUGAUAGAAUAAUUGAGGAUGCCCAAAAAUCAUCUAAAAGCAAUUUAGAAAAUGCAAAUAUUAGCAUCACGGUAAGAACAAUUCUUGUAGGAUGAAAAUACAAUGCAAAAUUAGGAGGAGGAAAUCCAUUCUCCAAAACAACUCUUAGGUUAAAUUCCAUACUGA